AUGCAAGGGUGCGCUACACUUCCUAGGCCCGGGUGUAGUGGAAAAUAUGCAAGGGUUGCUAGGCCGUCGCCCGGAAGCGGCGCGCCACCCGAUGGUGGUGUUAACUAUCCAAGGUUUCAUGGUAAGGGCAGGGGUAAGGAUAAGGGUAAGGGUAAGGGUAGUAGGAUGCGAUUUGGGACUUGGAACAUUGGCUCUUUGAUAGGGAGAUUAGUCGAAGUAGUAGAGGUUAUGAGAAGGAGGAGAAUUAACAUAUUAUGUUUGCAGGAGACUAAGUGGGUUGGAAACAAGGCAAGAGAAAUAGCUCCAUGGGGUUAUAAGCUUUGGUAUUCGGGAAAAACUAGGGGUAGGAAUGGGGUAGGUAUCCUUAUUGACAGAGAUUAUAUUGAUGAUGUAGUGGACGUGUCCCGAAAGAGUGAUCGAAUUAUGAGUAUUAAGCUUGUGAUAGGGGAUGAGGUUGUAACUAUUGUGAGUGCCUAUGCACCACAAGCAGGACUAGAUGCGUCAACUAGACAAGAAUUUUGGGAGGAUUUAGAAGAAGUGGUGCAACGUGUCCCUAGAAGUGAGAAACUCAUCAUUGGUGGGGAUCUCAACGGACAUGUAGGCUCGAGUCGCGAUGGAUUUGAAAGCAUUCAUGGUGGUUUUGGGUAUGGGGAGCGGAAUGAAGCGGUAAAUGUUAUUUUGGAUUUUGCAUUGGCAUAUGACUUGGGUAUAAUGAACACUUGGUUUGAGAAAAGAGAAUCUCACCUAGUAACCUAUAGGAGUAGAGAUAAUGCGAGUCAGAUUGACUUCUUUUUAGUAAGGAAUGCUUUGAGACAGUGCUACACCAAUUGUAAGGUGAUUCCGGGUGAGAGUACAGCAACCCAACAUAGACUUGUGGUACUUGAUUUUCGAGGUAGAAGUUAUAUAAGAAAGAGAAGACCACUAGUGGAGCCUAGGAUCAAGUGGUGGAAACUUCAAGGGGAGCAACAACUAAAAUUCGUAGAAAAGGUGGCAAGUGAAGGUAUUUGGGUCGGGGAUAUGGAUUUGGAUAUAGACUCAUUAUGGACAAGAAUGGAGCACACCAUAAAGGGAGUGGCGAAAGAGGUCCUAGGGGAAUCUAAAGGAAUCAUGCCACCAAGUAAGGACACAUCUUGGUGGAACGAAGUUGUGCAACAAGCUAUAAAGAGCAAACGAGAAUGCUAUAAAGAGUUGGGAAAAUGUAGAAGUGAUGAGAACUACAAGAAGUACAAGGAGGCUAAAAGGGAAGCAAAGAAGGCCGUAAGAGAGGCUAGAGCAAAGGUGAAUCAGGAUCUUUACGCAAGAUUGGAUACAAAGGAAUGUGAAAAAGAUAUCUAUAGACUUGCUCGAAUGAGAGAUAGAAAGACGCGAGACAUCGGGAGGAUUAAAUGUGUGAAAGAUGUUGAUCAAAAAGUUUUGGUGGGAGAUAAGGAAAUCAACGAUAGAUGGAGGUUCUACUUUGAUAGCUUGUUCAACGGGGAUCAAGGGCGCGAUAUUGGGGAUACAACUAUCCCUAGGGAUAUGGUUAACCUAGACUUUAUGCGAAGAAUUCAAAAGAGAGAAGUCGAAAUGGCACUGAAAAAGAUGGGACGCAAGAGGGCAGUGGGGCCUGAUGGUAUACCUAUCGAAGUCUGGAGAUGCUUGGGAGAGAGAGGGGUUGUAUGGUUAACAACUCUUUUCAACAAGAUUUGGGGAAGUAAUAGGAUGCCAUUAGAGUGGAGGAAAAGUACUAUCAUCCCCUUGUACAAGAAUAAGGGUGAUGUCCAGGAUUGUGCCAACUAUCGAGGAAUCAAACUAAUGAGUCAUACUAUGAAACUUUGGGAGCGGAUUAUUGAGCAAAGACUGAGGAAAACUGUGAAAAUUUCGGAAAACCAGUUUGGAUUUAUGCAUGGGAGAUCGACUAUGGAGGCCAUUCAUCUUAUAAGGCAACUAAUGGAGAAUUAUCGGGAUAAGAAGAAGGACUUACAUAUGGUUUUCAUAGAUUUGGAGAAGGCAUAUGACAAGCAAACAGGUGGUCUAGGCUUUAGAGAUGUUGUUCUCUGGAACACUGCCAGCAUGGGUAAAUAUGUUUGGGCUUUAGCUACCAAACAAGAUAAUGUUUGGGUUAGAUGGGUGACUUCUGUGUAUUUAAAGAAUGGGGAAUGGUGGGAUACCAGCCAGGAAAUAGUGCAAGCCGUGAAGCAGGUGUAUGAGAAGUUAGCAGAUGAAAAGCCUAAGGUUCACUGGGAUAGACUGGUGUGGAAUAGACUUAAUACUCCAAAACAUAGAUUUAUUGCUUGGCUUGCAAUGCAGGCCAGACUCCAAACUACAGCUAAGCUUGCAAAAAUAGGGAUUAGUGCUUCUGCUAGUUGCCUGAUUUGUGGUCAGGGUGAUGAGAUUCAUGAUCACUUAUUCUUCAGGUGUACCUAUAGUAACAUGUGUUUGAUGGAAAUGAAGAAGUGGAUGGGUUUGCAGUAUGGAAACAAGUUGCAUCAUAUUUUCAUAAGCAUCAGUCACAAUAGAAGAUCCAAGUUCAGAAAACAGGUUGUUUUUGCAGCUGUAGUGGCUCUUGUGUAUAUGAUCUGGAAAUACAGGAAUACAAGUUAUUGGAAGCAGACUGUCCCUACUGUCAACAGCACAAUCAGUAGCAUGAAACAAGUUGUAAAAACUAGAAUACAAGCAGUAUUGUCUAAGAGUGUUAAUAGGUCUGAUAACCAAUGGUUUUUGGCUUUAUAG